CUUUCUGCUGCCGGCGGGGCACAGCGGCGGCCACAGCCUCGACGAGCGCGAGCAGCGGCGCCCCGAGACCCACGCGGCCUGGAUCACCGCCCGCUGACGGCCGCUCGCGCUCCGGCACCGCUCGCCUUCCCGGCCGCGAGCCAGCAGCCCCCCGCUCGACCGCGGUUUCCGCCGCCUCUCGGCGAGGGAGCCGAGCCCCGGCGCUGCGCCCCAGCCCCGCUGCGCCAGCAUGUCCUCGACGGAGAGCUCUGGCCAAACCGCGGACAAGUCGCCGCGCCAGCAGGUGGACCGCCUGCUCGUGGGGCUGCGCUGGCGGCGGCUGGAGGAGCCGCUGGGCUUCAUCAAAGUUCUCCAGUGGCUCUUUGCUAUUUUCGCCUUCGGGUCCUGCGGCUCCUACAGCGGGGAGACAGGAGCCCUGGUUCGCUGCAACAACGAAGCCAAGGACGUGAGCGCCAUCCUUGUUUCAUUCGGCUAUCCCUUCAGGUUGCACCGGAUCCAGUAUGAGAUGCCCCUCUGCGACGAUGACUCCACCUCCAAGACCAUGCAUCUCAUGGGGGACUUCUCUGCCCCUGCUGAAUUCUUUGUGACCCUUGGCAUCUUUUCCUUCUUCUAUACCAUGGCUGCCCUAGUCCUCUACCUGCGCUUCCACAACCUCUACACCGAGAACAAGCGCUUUCCACUGGUGGACUUCUGUGUGACUGUCUCCUUCACCUUCUUCUGGCUGGUAGCUGCAGCUGCCUGGGGCAAGGGCCUGACUGAUGUCAAGGGGGCCACACGGCCAUCCAGCCUGACGGCAGCGAUGUCCGUGUGCCAUGGAGAGGAUGCAGUGUGCAGUGCCGGGGCCACGCCCUCCAUGGGACUGGCCAACAUCUCCGUGCUCUUCGGCUUUAUCAACUUCUUCCUGUGGGCUGGGAACUGUUGGUUUGUGUUCAAGGAGACCCCAUGGCAUGGACAGGGCCAGGACCAGGGCCAGGGUCCCAGCCAGGAGAGCGCAGCUGAGCAGGGAGCUGUGGAAAAGCAGUAAGCAGCCCCCACCUGGCUACUCCCGAACUGGACAGCACCUCUUCAACCACCUCCGGCUUCCAGGACCUCCCUCUUCCUCCUCGUCCAAUUCCCCUCCCCCAUCAUUCCGGGCUUUGAGCUUUGAGACACUGAUGGGCAGGCGUCAGCUGUUGGAAACCUGGGCAGCCCUCCCCGUGGCUUCCUAUCCCUCUUCUUGCUGGAGUCAUAGAUAGCAGGAACUCAGUGCUUCUUGUCCACUGCCUGGACCCAGGCAUCUGACUUGGGGUCUCACUUGUGCUCUCGCAGCCUUUGAGAACCAACCUGUGCUGCAGGAGAGGGUUGGGAGCAGGAAACUGGAGAUCUGAGACUGGUUCCUAGCAGCCAUCCUUAUAUCAACCUGUCCAGCUUGAAUAAUAGUGGGGGAAAGGGAAAUCAAUGAGCAGCCUUCCCCCUGGUCCCUUGUGUGGAAGCCCCAGCAGUGGCGUGGUGACCCCUCCCCAAUGGCUGUCAUUUAGUCCCUGUGUUUGAUCUCCAGUCAGCCCAGGGCUCAGUGUGCUUCCCACUAUCUUUUCUGGCCUCUGGUUGCCCACAGGGUCCAUCAUGUGUGAAUGACGGUGCCCAACUGGCAUAGAAAACAGCCCUUUAGAGGGUCCUGAUGAGGCUUGGGCUCAGCCAGGAGCAGAUAAAUUGCAACUGAGUUGCACCUUCAAGAAACCAAAGCCUGCAAAUUUGAGGCAG